CUGAUUAAGAAGAGAUGGAACAAAUAAAAAGGACAAACAAACUGUUUACUAAUGACUGUAUAUUUCUGAGGAAAACAUUGAAUAUUCCAGUUAUAUCAGAGAAGCCGUUACUGUUCAAUGGAUUUACUUCACUGGAAUCUCCUGAGAAUGAAACCAUUGACCUUUCUCUUUGUGGUGAAAGACAAGUGACAGUUCAAGAAGAGAGUAGUUCGUCUUCUCCCAGUCCUCAAGAACCCGACAAUCAACCUGCUGCACCCGAAGAACUAUCUGCCAAAGAUUUUCUACAGCGACUGGACUUGCAGAUUAAGUUGUCCAAACAGGCAGCCAGGAAACUAAAAGAUGAAGAUAUCAGAGAGGAGGAGGAGGAAAGUCCCUAUGCAACUUCUUCCUAUCACCAGUAGAGGACUGACACAUGAUGACUUGCAAAUGUGGAAAGAAGACAUAGUUCUUAAAGAACUAAGUAGCUGAAGAUUCAAGAGCCAAGGCCUUUCAGACUGAUUACCAUGGUGUACUUUUUACAAGUCAUGAAUGGGUAAUUUCACUGACUAAUUGCACUGAAAUCAUUUGACCUCUUCUGCCUUCCAUAGGUUAAUUUCCUUAAAUUAUAUCAAUAAAAGGUGUAAGCCUUCCAAAACUAGCAACUGCCUUCAUACUUCUUCUGUGUAAAUUGUAGCAUGGUAGCAACAAUAUAUCCUUGAGGUCACCUUUAUGCAGGAUGUAUUGAUCUUUAUUAGAUAUGUUGUAAAUACUUGUUAAAAUAAAGUGUAAGAUUAUUUGAUUAAAUAUUUAUGCAGAAUGUCACCCUUAUCUCUGGAAAACUUAACUAUAAAAAUGACUGAAUUUUAAUGUACUUUAUUUUCAUUCUGCGGUCCCAAUGCAGGCAAAUUUGCUACAGAAGUUUUGUCUGCAGCAAGGCUGCGGAACUUAGCCCUACAUUUUGUGUGGUUGUAAGUAUGCAUAUAAUGUACAAAGAAGAUCUGUGUGUUCCUGUAAAAGGGAGGGAGGGGGAAAGCCUGUAGAGAAAGAUAAACUAUUUGCAAACUUUAAUUUUUUGGAAAAAGUUAUAGUAAGAAGUAUUUUUCUUUGCGUUUGUGACAUUUGAAAUGUUCCUAAGUGUAUUCUUGUGUGCAAAUAUAUUUUAAGUGUGAUUUUGUUAAAAAAACAUAAUAAAUGAC